AUGCCGAGGCAAACCUCGAGCUCGGUUUUAAACACGCUCGACCUCGACUAUCUCAUCCGCACCGGCGUCCCGACGAUGCGCAAGAUCGUCCCGCUCACCCUCGCGUGGACCGCGCUAUACGUCCUAUUCCGAUUCGUCCUACUCCGGAAGCGAACGGCGGAUUUUAACAAUCGCUUGGUGAGUCUGAUUCACGCGCUCGUGGCGAUGAAGUACUGCGUCGCGUGUCUCCCAACAUGGGGCGCUCUGUUGGAGAACGUCGGUGGGAAGAACACGUCGGCGCACUUGGAUUGUAUCACGAUGUCACUUGGGUACUUCGUGUACGACUUAAUAUAUUGUGUGCUGAAUAACGAGAUCGAGAACGUGAUUCAUCACAUGUUCACCGUCGGCGGUUUGGCGAGCGGCGUGGUCACGGGACGAAGCGGUCCGGAGCUCGUGGGAUGCCUGUUCCUCAUGGAGGUGAGCAAUCCGAGCUUGCACCUGAGAAGUCUGUUACGGGAACUAGACAUGAAGGAUAGCGUCCUGGCGAGCGUGAACGAUUUGAUUUUCGCGUUAUUGUUCCUGUUUUGCCGCCUCGUCGUCGGUCCUCCGUUGGUGUACAAGACGGUGGUCAACAAGGAUAAUACGUAUUUGGUGAAGGCUGGCGCGUUGGGAAUCUUGAUCGUCUCGCUCAUGUGGGCGUGGAAGAUCAUAAUGAUGAUCGUCCGUACGUCGAAAAAGCUGGCCGGUGGGUCGAAGCCGAAGAAGGCGUGA